GUUGCGCGCUCCCUUGAAAUCUUCACCGACACCUCACUGAAACCAUCAGUGCCGUGAGCUGUUGAGCUCAACUUUCAUAUAUUCAGUGUUUGGAUUGGGGGAAAACAACAAAGAUAAGCAUCUUAUCCAACAGGUGUUCAAACCAGCAAUGAGGGAGAGGGUGAUCAUAUUCUGCCAUCUGUUCUUCUGUCUGUCAUUAGCUGUGCUUUUGCACUCAAGGUCGGUUUCUGGCGACGCCAGUACAGAUGCCUUCAAGAACAACAUCACACUCUUCACACGGAUCCUGGACAGACUUCUGGAUGGCUACGAUAAUCGGCUGAGACCUGGCCUUGGAGAUCGGAUAACAGAGGUGACAACAAAUAUCUACGUCACCAGCUUUGGUCCUGUGUCAGACACAGACAUGGAGUACACAAUAGAUGUCUUCUUCCGCCAAAGUUGGAAGGAUGAGAGGCUCAAAUUCAAUGGGCCAAUGAACAUCCUGCGCCUCAACAACCUCAUGGCCAGCAAGAUCUGGACACCAGACACCUUCUUCCACAAUGGCAAGAAAUCGGUUGCCCACAACAUGACCAUGCCCAACAAGCUACUGAGAAUCCAGGACGACGGCACCUUGCUCUACACAAUGAGGUUGACAGUGCAUGCAGAGUGUCCGAUGCACCUUGAGGACUUCCCCAUGGACUUCCAUUCCUGCCCUCUCAAAUUUGGCAGCUAUGCCUACACCAUGUCAGAAGUGACCUAUGAGUGGACGCCCAACACCACGGUCGUCGUGGAGGGAGAGAGUUCUCGGCUCAACCAGUAUGAUCUUCUUGGCCAAACAGUAGGACGAGAGACCAUCAAAUCCAGUACAGGCGAGUACACGGUCAUGACGGCCCAUUUCCAUCUGAAGAGGAAGAUCGGCUACUUCGUGAUCCAGACGUACCUGCCCUGCAUCAUGACCGUCAUCCUCUCGCAGGUCUCCUUCUGGCUCAACCGGGAGUCGGUGCCCGCCAGGACGGUGUUCGGCGUCACCACCGUCCUGACCAUGACCACCCUGAGCAUCAGCGCUCGCAACUCGCUGCCCAAGGUGGCCUACGCCACCGCCAUGGACUGGUUCAUCGCCGUGUGCUACGCCUUCGUCUUCUCCGCCCUCAUCGAGUUCGCCACGGUCAACUACUUCACCAAGCGCGGCUGGGCCUGGGAUGGGAAGAGCAUCGUCAAUGAAAAGAAAAAAGAGAAGGCCUCAGUGGUGAAGAAGAACAACGCGUACGCUGUGGCCGUGGCCAACUACGCCCCGAACAUCACCAAGGACUCCGUGCUGCCCACCAUCGCCAAGGGCGGCGCCGGCGGCGACCCCAACAAGCCCAAGGGCGAGGGCAAGCAGGAGUGCAAGAAGUCCUUCAACAGCGUGAGCAAGAUCGACCGCAUGUCCCGCAUCCUGUUCCCCAUGCUCUUCGGGAGCUUCAACCUGGUCUACUGGGCCACGUACCUCAACAGGGAGCCCGUCAUCAAGGACAUGGUGCCCUCGACCUAA